GCAGAGAUAGACAAAGUAAUUGGACAGUCUCGUCAGCCCACCAUAGCUGAUAGACCCAACCUACCCUAUACUGACGCUGUUAUUCACGAGAGCCAGCGGGUGGGAAAUAUUGUUCCCUUGGGAUUUCCUAAAAUGGCCAGUAAAGAUGCAACACUUGGAGGAUACUUCAUCCCCAAGGGCACAGCUAUCACUACAAACCUAGCCUCUGUGCUGUUCGAUAAAAAUGAGUGGGAGACUCCAGACGUCUUUAAUCCUGGGCAUUUCUUGGAUUCAGAGGGAAAGUUCCUUAAAAAAGAUGCCUUCUUACCAUUUUCAGCAG